GCUUUUAGUAGUAGUACUAGUACAAGUGUCGUUCGUACACAGAGUGUAAAUAAAACAUUUUGCAAUAGUUGAUACAGCUGACUGAACUCGAACUGCGGCAGUGGUUUAAAUGGACAUCUAUAUGGAUUUGUUUCUCGACCUCCAAGAUUGCAUCGAUCCGGAAUGAUUCGAUUCUCGCUGUUCAAGCUGGUGGCGCUGAUUUUCCUGUGCCUGGGCUUCUACUACAUCGCCCGGUGGCAGAUCAUUUUACAUAACAAUGGCACUGGUUCCACCGGGGUACAGCAGCGGUUCCUGCACACCUGCAACCUGUCCGAAGCGUACCGGAACGAGCUGGAGCAGUUGUUUGAUAGGGUUCACAAGAUUUUGGACCGGCAAAGCAUAACGCACAUCCUGUGCUACGGAACGCUCUGGGGUCAGAUCCGGAUGGCGAAGAUGCUGCCGUGGCGUCGGAAGGCCGAGUUCUGCGUGUUCAACGAGGAGUUGAUGGCUCGCGAAGAGGCACGCUUCUUGCGGUUGUUCUACAGCCACAACCUGAAGAUUUACUACAUCCACUCCGAAGGGCUGUACCGGAUCUUUUCGGACAAUCCGGACGUAUCGCCGUACGUCGAGCUGGUGGUGUUCCAGCGGGACGAUGCGCAAUCGAUGUACAAGCGGGUUGGUUGGAGGCGACGCCUGAUGCCACCACACUGCGAUUGGACGCCUUCGCUGGACUGUUUCCCCAGCCAUCUGUUGGAAAAGGUAUUGCCCCGGCGGAAGUUGGGCCAUUUCUUUUACCAUGUUCCAAUGGGAGGCAUUGAGCUGCAAAAGUAUCACUACGCGCAGAAUUGGUGGAAAGACGUGCGAGUAUUCAACUGUUGAGGCGUUAGGAGUUCACGGGGAAGAAAAUUUAAUGUGUUCGGAUUAAAUAGUUUAUGCUAGGGAUUGUUUAAUGACAUUUAAAAGUUCAUGAUCGCAGAAGUUUUGUUUUCGCUUAAGGUUAAUUGUAUUUUCGAAAUCAAAUAAAUCAAUAAAACA